GACCCCACGGCGCCACACGUGGUUGUUACUGUACGCGCCGCCACGUGCCUCUCCGUCUCCCCUGGCUCCCCGCGUCUCCCCGCGCCUCUCUCAUUCGCCCUGCGUCUCGCUCGUCUCCAUGGAGUCUCGCCUCCGAUACUCGGGCUCCGCGUGGCUCAGGCCGCGCCUCGUCCUCUCCGUGCUGAGCGGCCGCAGCGUGACCAUCAGCGCCGUGAGGGCGCGGGGCUCCGAGCCGGGGCUGGCGGAUUUUGAAGUCAGUCUCAUUCGAUUGCUGGACAAGAUCACAAACGGCUCCCGCAUCGACAUCAACGAGACAGGCACGAUGUUGCGCUUCCAUCCCGGGUUGCUGUGGGGUGGCCCCGUGGAGCACGAGUGUCCGGCCUCACGCAGCGUCGGCUACUUCCUGGAGGCGCUGCUCUGCCUGGCGCCGUUUUGCAAGACGCCACUGAGAGCCUCGCUAGCGGGCGCGACCAGUGGCACGCACGACCCCUCCGUGGAUGUGAUCAAGGCCACGGCGCUGCCUCUGCUCCGCCGGUUCGGGAUUGGGGAGGUCGGACUGGAUCUGCAGGUGCUGCGGAGGGGCAUGGCCCCGGGAGGUGGGGGGUUGGUGCUGUUCUGCUGCCCUGUGCGGCGCCACCUCAAGCCCCUGCAGCUCACGCAGCCGGGGAAGAUUAAGCGCAUCCGCGGAGUGGCCUUCGGCACGCGGGUGUCUCCCCAAGUGUCCAACCGCCUGGUGGAAGCGGCACGCGGAGUCCUCAACCGCUUCCUACCCGACAUCUACAUCCACACGGACCACCGCAAGGGGGCACAGGCGGGGAGGUCGCCGGGGUUCGGGAUCUCGCUCGUCGCCGAAACCACAGAGGGGUGUUUCCUGAGUGCGGAGUCAACCUCCACUCCGGGGGGAGAAGGCCCCCCCAGCAUCCCGGAGGACCUGGGCGGGGACUGCGCCCGGCUGCUGCUGGAGGAGAUCUACAGGGGCGGGUGUGUGGACUCGACCAAUCAGAGUCUGGCGCUCCUAUUCAUGGCCCUGGGCCAGCAGGAUGUGUCAAAGCUCCUUCUGGGCCCUCUUUCUCCACACACAGUCGGGUUCCUCCGCCACCUGCGGGACUACUUCUCUGUCACGUUCAAGCUGGAGCCGCGCGCGGUCGAGGAGGGAGACAAGAAGGGAGGCGACAAGGUCCUGCUCACGUGCGUCGGCAUAGGCUUCUCCAACCUCAGCAAGACGGUCUCUUAAAGAGCCUGAGCUGGCCUGAGCCAGCUUGCGCCAGAACUCUGUUGACUGUCAGAUUAAAUUCUCCAGGGCGGCUGGUUGGCAGCGCAGUGGUGACGUCCCUCACGGCAAGAAAGCGCGCCUGGGUUUUAGAAUCAGAAUAUUUAUUUAUAGGAAUCCAAUGAGCUAUGAAGCUCUUUUUCGCAAUGUCCAGUAAGGGCAAGUCAGAACGUUACAUUAACAAACAAAACAGAAACACGAUAGGAGUGCAAAGUAUUAGAAAGGUAAGCAAAAUCACAAAAAAAUCUACAAAAUUGAACCAUUUUUAUUUUAUCAGGUAAGUCCUACUGAGUUUUUAGCGUUUCAAAAGUGAUAGCUCAACGAAGUGACUUAUGUGAGAACUUAUAGCAGCCAAAUCAUCUAAAUCUAAACGCGUGUUUCUAAAUGUGGACGGAAAAACCAGAGGACCCGGAGAAAAAAUCCACGUGACCACGGGGAGAAAGAGGCACGCAAACUCCAAAUAUAUAGCAGCAGGCAUCAGGGUGGGGAUCGAACCCCCAACCUGCAUACCAGACAAGGAAGAUAACAUCAUGCCACCGUGCUGCCCAUUAAAUAAAAAAUUAAGUAUAUAAGUACAAAUGUCAUGUACAUCAGUUUCCAAGCUUGGGAAAGGCUGCAAAAUUACAAAAUGAGUCCCAGACCACACCAAGACAGCACGCAGCCCCUCAAUACAAUUUAACAUUCAAAUGUAACUAUCAAUACGUGGCUAAGGAUCAAAGUUAUAAAUCACAUUGGCAAAUAUGGCUGUAUCCAGCACUAAUCUUUUGCUUCAGAAUAUUUGUUUAAGAUUUCUGAUGUGAAGGGAGCAAACAAGGUUGUUCCAAAACGUUGUGCUGCAACUUCAAAGGCUUUGUCACGUAUUCCAAUUCUUAUUCUUGGGAUAGAUAAAAGGAAUUAGAUGGACGUCUUGGAUUUGACAAUGGAGUUAAUGAAUUAGCUCAGCAGAGCACAGAUUUGUCAAUUAGGAUUUAUUGGAUUAACAGGGUCCAACGUAGGUUUAUUUUUGCAUCAAGUGAUGUUGAGAUUGGAUUUUAAGUACAGAUCACAAUGGUGGGUUCUGUAUGGUACAUCCAGUGCAAAUCGAAAGAACGAUGAAGUGGGUUUAGUCUGUUUCGUCAUUCAUUAGCUGAUCUGUACGCAAUGUCAGCAGUCAAAACUCCACGCCUUUUUGUAUGGAGCUUGUGUAUUCUCCCCGUUCUGUGUGGGUUUCCUCCCAAAGCAAUUUUUUACUGGCAUUGGCCAAACAUCCCAAUGCUAAAAAAUACUUGAAAAUUACUCUUUUGGGAUCACACACAACAGCAGCAUUACCAAUUUAUUGCCAACACUUGGCAGCACCUUCCUGAAAAAUGAUCUUGAGACUCGGUGAAUCAAAAUGUACCUCGGGCUCCCAGCAUGCGCGUCCAGCCCCGUGUGUGUGAAUGUGUGAGGGGUGCUGUCAGAAUUGUCAAGGUUGCGCAUGAUGUGUUUACGCAUGAUGUGUUUACGCAUUUUUCUUACACCCAAAAGCCACACUGGUAGCGUCGAACUUCAGCAUCGUUGAUUGAACACGAGCAACACUGGGCUAGUUUUGACAUUUGGUGUUUCAUUAGUAGCCAGGUUUGCUUGAGCCAUUGUUUUAAUAAAAGCAAAUACCUGGACUGGUUUAGACAUUUAGUGUCUCGUCAACAGGUCAGGCUCGUGUAAAACAAUUAGGGUGAACUGCCAGAAGUUUAUAGGCAAAGACCGUCUCUGUGGGGUAUGGGUGCUAGUCUGACACAAAGUGCAACUGCAUAAUUAUGUAAUGCAUAACAAGAUAAUAUCGGCGUCGCUGUGGAGAAGAUGAAUAACGCCACGGGCAGAGGGGAGACGCCACCCCCUCAUCUGCGCGGUCUUCCUUCGCGAGGGUCCAACAGCAGCAGUUGGGGCGCCGUGCUGCCCCUUCGACUCGCGGAGCGAGCGUUGUAAUAAAGCUGUUUGCUUUCUUA